AUGCGCGGAAGCAGCUCCGAACUCCUGCUGGAGGCGAGCUGCAGCCAGUGCCAGAGCGAUCAAGAUCGGGGGCACCAGCGUCGGGACAGCGGCGACGGCGACGGCGACGGCGACGGCGACGGCGACGGCGACAGCCACGACUUCCACGCGCGGGAGCUACGUCGUCGCAAGCUGUUGGAGCUUGGGUUCGGCGCGUCGCGGCGCCGACCGCCACGGCGUACCUGCCGUCAGCGGUUUAACUUUUACGCCACGUCAGCCCUGGCCUUCGUCGCUACCUCAGGCGGUGCAGCCCUCCUCUUCCUGGUGCCGCUCUACGUCGACCCGGCCAUCAGCACCCUAGCGGCCGAUUUCUCGCCGGAGCCGGUGGUCUGCACAACGUCGCGGCGCGAGGAACUCGCCGGCCUCUUCAACUGCACAUGGAGCUCGUGUCGCGAGGGGUGCACCAGUGACAUGUACAGGUGCACCCACAUUUACGUUACUUAUGCGCCGUGGAGUAAUGCCACUAUGGGGAACGACACCGCCAGCAGAAACAUCACUGCGAAUGCCACGACCGCUGUCACUGCCGUGUCCUCCCCGGGGGACGUCGAGGCGGUGCUGCUGGUGAACAUCAAGGGCUGCGGAUACCCGCCGGAUGUCGAUUGCGAAAACUUCACCCGCGAGUUUGGGUACGAGGGCGUGAGGUUUCCCUGCCAUUACAGCCGGGUGAACGGCAGCAUAGUGAUGGCGAACUAUAAUCGCGAGGCACAGAUCGCUAUCAUUAUGCACUUCUUCGCGGCGCCUUUCGUAGUGACUGUCGCGACCAGCGUCGUACUGUGUGUGAUGCACUGUGACUGCAGAUGCACGCCGCCUCCGCGACAUCCGCCACGUGGCAUGAGAAGAUCCAGAGGCAACGAUCUCAGCGACCACUCGAUCAGCAACCGCGUGGAUCGUCGUGGACACCCGACGUAUUGCGGCGAAUGCGGCGAGGUGACGAGGCCCUUAUGACGACGCGAGGAGACGGCCGAGAGUGCCCUGGCCACGUCGCAGUCCGACUUUUAGGCCCUGCUCGCUCUUUCCGCCCUCGACCGUCCUUCGACCGCCGUAAUCUCCCCUCGUUCAAUUCCACUGCAUGUUUGCCGGCAGCACUUCAUUCCGAUCGUCUCCACCCAGCGCAAACCACCACACAUGUACAAAUGAACAUUCGUACAGCCCACACACGGACAGGCACACACGUACUCACGUACACGACGCAGCAGGUGCACGAACAGGGAAACGAUCCUUCGAUCCUCUCUCCCCAGGACUCGGGACCGCUCGCCAAGAGGUGAAUCCUUGCACGUGGUUGUUACACGGUUACUGCAGUGUUACCACGGCUACUGCGUAGCUAAUUGGCUCAAGGGCGGUUCGCAGCUAGUAAUUACGAGCGCUCGUAUCACGAGCCUGGUGAUAAUUGAGCGGCGCGAUUGAUAUGACCGUAAGGCACAUAUACGAUCGGAAAUACUGCGACACCUGCGAAAAGAUGAAUCAAUUAUUCUUUCGGCGUAAUGACAGGGUGUAAAAUGGUAUUCGUAUUGUAUCUACGCUCUCUCACAAGCGCUCGAAAGAAUAGAAGACGCGAAUUGGAUUAUUUUUUCUUUCGUUCUCCAAGAAGACACGUGAAAUUGGAUUUUACUGUUGUUUUGAAUGCAACGAGUGAUUCCAAUGUAAUGGCUACGACUGUAACGAAAAAAACAAUGUUUACCAUGGACAAAGCUCGAUGGACAAAGGACGAGCGUUACAUUACGAGAUGAAAUAUGAAAUAAAUAAUCGACAGCUAAUUUAGGAUCAAAAGGGAGAAACAUGCGAAAUAUUCUAUGGCCAUUAUUUGCUGCAAUAUCGUAAGCAUCUAUUGGCCUACGCGCGCGCUAAUUAAUUUCAUUUGACGAUACGACUGCAAGCUUUGAAUCGUCGCUGUUAUAUGGAGAAUUCAAAUGCGAUGAUCAAUAUUUGCGAGUCUGUCCGGCUGUGAACAGCAACGAAAAUUACCAAACGAUAAAACGUAUGAUAAAACGUAUAAUGGCAUCGAAAUAUUUCCGAUACACAAAAAUCUGUUUGUUGUCGCAAAUAAAAUUAUGCCCCCGUCGCAUAUCGAAUUUUUGAAAUAAACAUAAGCGUGGUAUUCCCUGAUUGUAUCAAUCCGCCGCACGUGCACGUUUAUUGAAAAUUUCCACCCACGUUUGACCGAGGUGAAUGCGUCCCAAUUGGUUCCGCACGUGGUCGGGAAAGUCUACGUCCGCAAAAUUAGCCGGGGAUCAUGUGGAAUCCUUCCAAAUUUCUUCAGCCAUCGACACAACAUCCUUUACGUAUAUUCGUUAUACAUUUCCAAUAAUUUCUUUCAGUCGGUUGCAUCAUUCAAUCUUCUUAGCAAGCAGACAUCUCGGCUUCUUUCGACGAGCUCGAUACUUCUAUUGUGCAAAUUUCUUUUCGCACGUGAGAGCCAAGUCUCGUGGAAAAUCUCGGACGACUCGCAAAUAAAUGGACGUAUCUAAAAUCUAUCUGCGAAAUCGAUCGGACGACUGUAGGCCUGGCGACAGCCAAUUUAUUUUCCUGCCUCUGGAAAGUCGUUAUUCUUGAGAAAACGCCGAAAUGAGAAGGCAGAGUAAAAGAGAUUGAGGGAGAGAAAGAAAGAGAGGGAAGAAAAGAAGACUCGAGUUCUCGAGGAGUUGCCGGGCUAUUCUCGUUGUUCCUGUUUUCCCUGAUAUGUCGACCUGGAAAGGCACAGUCGCGAAAUAAGAAAUCAGCCGGUGUCUCGUACGGAUAGAUUCGGAGACGUCGGUUUACUCGGGCUCGUUCCAUUAUAGCGUAAUAUUAAAUCUUCAGAGAUCCGGCCGGGGAUCCGAUAAUCCUGAUCGUGGAUGUCUCGCGGACGCGCCUUUUUUGUUCUGGAAAAUGGACUUCGUUCGAUCGAACGUCAGAUUGCAGCAGGAAUCGAUAACGCAUUUUGCAGCGGCGUCGAAAUGUCGUUUCUCCCCUGCUCCCCUCGCGAGUGGGUAAAUGCACGCGGGAGUUUUUACAUCCCCCGUACAUUUUGACCUUAAACCGUGCAAAAAGCGUCCCGUUGAUAUCCCGCGCGUCAAAGAAAUUGCACGGUAACUGCAUUUUUCACAAGAGAUUAAAAACUUCCCCGAGAGUCCCGUGCUCUCAAUUUACAUGUAAAUUACCGCGGGGGUAGCGUUAAUAAAACAAGCGCGACACGGCCGACAAGUUACGAACAACGCCAGAGGAUCGCGAGAUGAUAAUCGCUACGCGGAGGCAUUACACGGUUGAAUAUGUCAAUAAAAUAACGAGAUUCUGAUUGCUUAUCAAAUACCGUGGCAAAUGGCAUUUUCGCGUCUGCCAUUUCAGAAAAGCAGGAGGAGGACGGCAGUCCAAGUUUCCGUGCAACUUUCGCGCAGAUAUGAAACUCCACUUGUUCUCCACGGUGAAAUUGGCUCUUGAUAAAAGACAUUAAUUUCUUGAACAGCACCGUUGAACUCAGCGUCUAUUUAAUAGCACAUUUUACUAAAAGCGGUUCAUUUGUACGUGGAUUCGUCUAAUGGAAUCAGCGCGCAUCCCGCGUCAUGUCGACAGCAAUUAAUGUACCAAGGGUAGCAGAUGCACCCCACGCCGAGUUACGUAUUACUUGUACACGCUCCAUCCGGAAAACGCAUUCGUUUCGUAAUAAAAUAUGUAUACUCUCAUCGGCUUGACUUGAAGUGGUAACCAAGCUAAGCGGAUCGCAUUUAUUAUUUGCGAACCAGUAUUCUUCCCGACUUUGACCAUGAUCCGUUUGUACAGAUCGUAAAAACAAUAACGUAGCAAGAUGCAACGCUUCCCUGACAAAUGGUCAAGCAUCUCUGGGGACGAAGCCGCAAUAUCAAAUUUAAUUAUUUCGGAAUCCGCAUGUUUAAAUUAUGCGACGAUUAAUAAACUGUUGCGCGCCCUGUCUCUCGGGAAAACAAAAUUUUCAAUCCCGAAACAAUUCAUGGGUGGACGAUGCAAAAUCUGGACGCCGAUAACGAGGUUUUACAUGCGCGAUAAGCAACGAGCGUUUCGGAAACAUUUCGCAGCGAUAAUCAAACGUUCAUGCUCCGUCGUACCGCACCGAUUUCCGCUCUUUUUUUCUCCCUACUACUGGUUAUACGUAUAGGUAUACGUGGAGUUUCAUGGAGGUCUCGCGUGCUUCUUUCUGCUUACGAGGCAAACAGUUUUUGGAGCCACUGAAACUCGCCGAGGCAUGCAACCGAUUUGGGUGUCGAGUUCCCUUGGAAUUUGCACAGAUACAUUCGCACACAUCGUCACACGUGCAAUUCGAGCUCACUAAGCCAACGAGAAAAAUAGUUUUGUAAGCUUCGUGUUUCGGUUGGAUGGUUAGUUGUGCGGUAUAAUGGCACGCGCUUUUGAUUACGAUAUAAAUUUCAAUACAAAUUGCUUCAUUUCAUAGAAACGACUGGAAUUACGCUACCACGUUUAUUAGUACUUUAUGAUUUAUUUCAACCAAGUAAUUUAUGUAAGUGAUCGAUUGGAAAGAAAUACUGACAAAGGCAAUUUCACGUGAUUUAUUACAUGUAUAUAUAUCUCAAUUUUUUUCUACAUGCAUCUCAGGCACCGCUGCCAAACUCGCAAAUCUGAAACUUUUAGUCGAGAGUCACGUGGUAGCUGCGCUUAAUUAUCGGCGAAAUGCAAAAUUUAUGACACAAGUUGUCGGCAGGCAUGCAGCCUGUACGCUGAAAUUAUGCGAAGCCGGAAGCCCGAACACUGCAUUACAUUGUCGUUGCAUACCUGAUAACGUUUGCCCUGAAAGCAUCAAAAUUAAAAACUCGCGAGCGUUUCAGAGUUCCCAAGGAUCCGUAAGGCCCAAUUCGUUUCCCUCUUCUGCCUUUCUCUGAUAAUCCUCGAGUGGAUCAUGAUUUAUAUACUUUAUUGCAGCAUUCUUUUUUUCGUAUUCUUACAAAAAAGGGGGGAGGACACACAUCAAGAUACAUAUGCAUGAGAAAACACACACAGGCAUCCGUAAAAAUUACAUUUCUUAUUGAUUUACAGGUCACGUAAGUUCGUUCUCGGUAGCUCAAUUAUUAAUCGCACUCAAUUAUUUAUCAACCACAAAGCGACAAGGCUGCGCCUUAAUUCUAAAGCGUUGCCCCGACACGCCGCGCUUCGAUAAUGUUAUUUCGCAGUCGCGACUCUUCCGAGAUAUCUGAUCGCAGAUGCCGAGAGCAUUGCGAGCUUGCUCCAGAUGGCUCGUUUUCAUGAAUCACGUAUCUUGAACGAGAAUCUGGGGCAAUCGGAUGUUUGUGUCGCGCGAGGGAGAGAGAGAGAGAGAGAAAGAGAGAAAGAGAGUGAGUGAGAGAGAAAAAUCAAUUAACGAGGAGUAAAGGGACGUGCACACACGUUCGUCCUGUUGCAAAAGACCAUUUUCACAUAGCAUUGUGUCAACGACGUCUGGUAACGCGCAACUCUGAUGUAAUAUCGCACGAAAGUGCAUCUUGACGGCGGCGUUGCAGAAAGCGCGCCAAUACAAAAAUAAAUCGUCACGAUAAACAAACGGUCGUGACAAAACCAGGAAACAGAGAAGCGAUAAAAAAAGAGGAAAAAAAAGCGGUAAUCGAUCGUUUCUUAAUCGGUGCCAUCUGUUGCAUUCAUCGAACCGCGACGCGACGAUGCAUCAAUGCAAAGAGACGCAUCUCGGCCACUGAUACGUGUGCACGAUCGAAGUGCGCUUUUUCUCUUUUCUUCUAAAACGCGGUACACAACUGCGCAGCCGAAUAAAAAAUUUAUUGGCAUUUUAUAGGCCGCGAGAUAAAAAAUACGCGCGUCGUGUGAUUGAUAGACACAUGCAGAUUUCGGCCGAAUUUCCAUGGAGUCGAGUUAUAUACACGAAGUUUCUUGCACCCAAAACGACUAACGAGAAUCUAACUCAAAACAAAAGAUCUCUCUCUCUCUCUUUCUCUCUCCCUCAACACGCGUGCUCCGUAAAAAGAAGAGAACACUCUAGCUUACAAAUAACAUAGGUAGAUCCUAGUCACACUCGGUAAAGUGACGACGGAGGCGCGCUUGUUUGCUUGAUUAACCGAUAGCCUACCCGGAAAUCGGUAGAACGAACGGAAACGGACGUACGGGGGAUCGAGUGCUGGCGAUCUCUCGGCGCGUGCCUCCGAUGGUGCGCGUCUUAUUAAUUAUAUGGGCACUGCCAGGCUUGCAAAACUUUAAUCAAAAGACACACCGGCACCGGCCAAUCAAAGACCCUUAAUCAAAUCGAGCCGCGGAUCGCCGAUGACGAUUAAAACGUAGACGUUAAGCGCGGAACCUUGAAUCGAGCAUUGAAUCGGCAAUUUUCCUAUGCUAUGCCGGUCGUCUCCGGAAAAGAAAAAAAAAAAGAAAAAGCCGCGCGGUAUCCGCAAACUUGUGCAGAACGAGCAAGCCUGUGCCUUGCAUUUAAUGAACGCCGGCCUGUGGAUCGUACAAGGGCACGUUUAUCGUUAUGGUGCAUGCUCGAUCGGCAGUUUUCCCGAGACAACCUGCAUAUUAAUGCCGGAGGAUAGCUGUGACCAAGCUUUACGAGGAAGGCCGCAUUAAUAAGGUCACGAGCUUAAUGAACCAAAAAGAACAACUCUAAUAAUAAUAAUAAUAAUAAUGAUGAUAAAAGUCUAACGAGCGCGACAGAACGGCGAGACACAGCGCUCGUAGGAAUUAAUGAUCGUUAUCCUAGAUAUGUCUGAUAAACGAUAAACGAGCCGAAACUUCGUUAAGGAUUUUGUACGUUGACUCGGGCGACCUGGAUGGUCUUCAAGGUUGCCUCUGGUGGAGGCUAUCAUAGCGUAUACUUCUUUUCUCGUACACGUGGACACGCGAUGCUCGCGUCCCGACGUCGCGCACGAGAGAUUAGAUCGGGCCCAGGGAGCCGGCGACGUUGUAUCGCGUGAUCGAGGCAAUCAUUGACGAUCAAUGGAUCGUUUCGUCUGGCACGAUCGAUGGGCCUCUUUCGUAGUACGGGACAAGAAGCCACGUGGUGUAGGAGCAAGAAAAUAUACGGAGCUAAUAAAUUAUAAUUGUAAUUAGUAGCGCUUCGAAUUAACACUAAUGGUACACACUUGCGAGCACACACAGUCACAGGACACACAUAUAUAUACACACGCGCGCGCGCGCGCGCAUACAUCACACAUACACAUCACACAUAUAUGAGAACGCGUUACAUACGUAUGAAUAAGCGCGCGCAAUGUAAAUUAGACGAGCUUUAGGCUAAUCAAAGGACUCGCAUUCGUUGAAUGGGGCUCGUAGAUGAAAACGACGCGGUAUCGGUAUCACUCGUGAUUUAAUUAAGGACGUUAAAUAGCCGCCCGAUGUUGGCAUUUAGCUGGUCUAAAUCGCAGAGGGUCGUUUCUACUAAUCAUAGUACUGUUGAGUUUAACCGAUUGUGAGAUACUUUAUUAUUAUACGUACAUGCGUAGGCUACGUCGGGAAAUCGAAUUUGAAAUCGACAUUUCUACCGAGACCGUUUGUAAGGUGCGUGUUCGCAUACGUGCGCGGUAGCAAUCCGGUCGACGUGCCACUUGGUGGUUGUCACGUGGCGAUCGACGAAGCAGAAACGUGAUGCCGUCCGAAUCCGUUAACAAGAAUAUAAUGGAAUGCAUUCCACGAUACGAAGAUAGAAAUUUACAUUUCCUUCGCAUAUUGAGAUAGAGAAGCGAGAGAAUUUGUGAAAUUUCUCAAGUCCAAGUGGAAUUAGAGUCACAAAUAAAUUUGUCCCUAUUCCGAAUAGUUGGCGCAGAGCUCUACGAUGGAUGGUGAUGGAACAGAUGAAAAAGCAAUUAGUUAUCCCUAAUGAAACGCAUGCAUAUUAAUGGCAGAUGUCUGGCAAGUUUCGCGUCCAAGUUUCGAGAUCGACUUGAGGUGCGAAUCACCCCUUCAGGUUGAAUGCAUGACGCCCUUCGCGAAUGCAAUCUGUUCUACCGUCUCCUCCCGUCGCGCAUCUCCCCUUGUCGGCCUGACCUUAAUUGUAGACUAACCCAGAUUAUAGAAGUCAGAGGCAACUCCGACGAGAACGAACAAUCUCGGAAACGAUAAGACUCCCCUGCUUUGUCAUUAAGCCUCGCGAAUCACCUCUUGUCGAGAGUUUUCAAUAUUCAGCCUUCUCUGCUUCUCUCUCGCUUUGGAUUGUCCACGCGCGGUAACCGAGAAUCCCUAAUUUUUCAAAUCGACAGCAAGUCACGUCAUCAGUGCAUUAAUAACGGUCUAAGUCGGUCACGAGGGUAAUGGAAUUACCCCAGAUAAAAUCAAUAGAAUUUUUUUCUUUCCACCGCAACAAAUUUUAUUAAUUAGCUUGCUUUUAUCUGCUUGAUGAAAAUAUCAUAAAAAUAUUAUGAAAAAUCUCGGUGGAGAGACGAGAUAUUGGAAGAUAGCGAAUUACAUGCAGAUAUGCAAGUGUAUAAAUGAUGAAGCCAGCGUAAAUACGAAUUUUCUCGAUGACUCGCAAAUUAUCGUCAUAACUUGUAGAGCUACCGAUAAAAAUACUUUACGCUCGUUUGCCGCUUGAAUGAAACGUAAUAUUCGGUAUUAAUGUUUUCAGAGCGCGAUAUUGUUUCCUGUCGGUCCGUGUCGAUGUGUUUGUCCGAGCGGUAGUGUACAACGUGGUUAGAUGGUUCAAUAACCAGCGAUGUAUGUUCCUGGCGACCCGCCUCACAUCGAUCAUCCGCAUUCGGCGAGAUAUCAUUUCCUCUCUCUGAAACUUUCCUGAAAAUCUCGCCCGCAGAUAGCGAGAUUGGACAGGUGUCACCGGCACAUUCUGCGCCGACGAAAAAUCUUCGCCUAUCUUUGGGACACCUGCUCUGCGAUCACAUCAGAAAUACACAUUUCAUUGGCAGAACUUGUCAAUCUACCAGACUUUUAUUUUCAUUUUCACCCGUUUUUCGUUCCGUUUCACCUUCGUAAUAUCCCAUAGUUCAUGUCACGAGAAAAACUCUAUUCUUUCUUGGAAAUCUUUUUCUGAAGGUGCAUCGAAUCGUUCUUCCACAACGUUUCUCGUUUAAGAUCUCAUUUAAACUCUAAAAUCUCCAUCUUUAAUGUUAAACGUGUUAAAUGUCAAAGUUGUCGCUAAACUGCCGGACAUCGUGUUUCAAAUUACGGAACGAUUGCUCGUAGAGAAAAACUAUUAUUAAAGAGGGACUUGAUCGAGAGUGAAAUGUUUGCGUGACUUCGUCGUCGUCGCCGUGCAAACUGCCGCAUAGUCAAUCGCGCGUUUUCCCUGUUGAAGAAGCUUCAAAAAUCGUCGACGGAUUGUUACUCGCCGCAACGAGAAACAUUAUACACGUGCGAUGUAUAAGAUUCCUGAUUUUGUAAAAGCAGCAAAACAUAUAUCUAGAAUAAUAAUAAAAGUGAUAUAUAUGAGGUUUUAUAAAAGAGCUACCUGUUUCUCACUCUCUCUCUCUUCCUGGGAACGUUUGUUUCCUGCCCGACAUUCCACACGUCUUCCGUCUUCUUACGUCAUAGUUGUCGGAAAAUUUCCGAUACGUAACAGCAGGUUCGUAACUGCUGAACAAGUUUCUCAAGAAAUGCAGUAAUGCGCCUUCGGGGUUCUACGACGGCAACACGAAGCCCCAGGGUGCGGUAUGGUGCCUGAACUGACCUUUAGCUCGAAAUUCGUUUUAUUUUGAUUUCAAAUUGUUCUUCCGCUCUGGAUAUAGGGACGAGAGAAAAACUAUAUAAAAACUAAUCAAAUGUAACUUCUCUGCCAGGAAGUAAUUUCAUUAUCUCGCAACAGCUCACUGAGCAACAGCGGUCACUUUCGAGCAAAUAACUUCUAUCCUUUUUGUACCACCUCGUACAACGUCCCGAUGCAUGAAACGAUAAGAGAAAAAAUUAUUUAAUUAAGAACCACACGCGCAAGGAACUACGAUAAGUACGGUCUCGUACUGCGAGCUGAAAAGUUUACCUGCUAAUAGAAGAAUAUCACCGGAAUUUACUUUUCAACAGCCUGUUUAAUGCACGAAACUAGCUUGUUUACGGCUACUACAGCACUAAUCUCUAUUCAUGGCGACAGCCACAUAUGUGCGGCCUUAUCUUUUCCGUGUUCCUUGCCAGUCCUCCCGGACUUGCCGCCGCAUCAUGUACAGCACGUAAACGGUAAAUCUGCACGUAUCACCCCAAUUUCCCGGGAAAUGACUGAGUUUCGCGAAAGCAUCGCUGCAGAUUCCGCACAGUUCUCCAUUCUGUGUGCGAAUCCCAGGAGUAUCAUGAACCGCAGAGAGAUCACGUGUUCAAGUUUCGUUGCGACUGUUACUUCUUCAGCGAUCGCUUUACGACCACGCUUAUCGAACUAUCUUGUCCCGUUGCCGUUACGUCAAUGUAUUUAUUAUAAUAUAUUAUUAACAAGAGCCGAAUGGCUCUUUAUUAAUAUCACAACGCAAUUACUGUCGCAUAUUAAUAUCAAUGACUGUUCGAAAUGUCGCGUUUUCAGUAUUAAUCACGAAAAUAAAUUUAGAUUCCACCCCCGCGCAGCUCGCUUCGUUUCGUUCCCGGCGGCGACGUCGGAGACCGAUAAUCUGCAAAAUUGUCCCUCGAUUAUAUCGUAACACGCAAAUUUAGCAUCGCGGCUCGCUUAAAAAAGAACUGUUCGAUCCGCGUCGACCGCGAAUACCCCGACUUCCUUCCAUUCACGUUCCGUUAAUAGCGAGCGCACUUGAAAUUGCAUACACGUCGCCGGUUUAAGCCCCGGAUGUUAGUGGCGUAACGUAUCCCGGUCGAUCCCCCAUAAUCGGGCUGUUUUUAUUCCGUUCUCGGACCCAGCCAUUGAUCGCAUCAUCCUUUUCUUCCGCAAGGCACGUCGAUCGACUCGUAUCGCGCGAUCCUUUUCCGCUUUUGAUCCUACUUAAUCGUGGAAGCUUGCGUCACGGACGAUUGCCUAUUUGCAAGGGUGUGGCGCGACCCGGUAUAAGUCCCACCGGUCUAUCGAGUUUCUGGGCGCGGUAGAGGCUUGAAUGAACCCUCGUGUAACUUCGAGAGCGUAACAAUCCCCGUGUAAAUUAGUCUGUUAAAUAUACGCGCGAUUAGCGCGUGUCUACGCCUAAUGAACGAUUGUACUUAAUAAUGAUUACAGAUUUCGCGCUUAAGCGCGAUAGGGACCAUUUCCUCGAGGUGUAUAGCCUCAGUCGAUUUAAUCUCCCUCCUCUCUUGAUCUCCGGAUGCGCUAAUUCAAAAUCGAUUUUCGUAGUUGCUGGCUGUGGAAAAACGUGACGACGAUUAACGUAAGAUGAAUAAUCCCCCCGCAUCUGGAGCAUCCGGAGAAUCAAAUUCACGCCAGUUCCCGUUCCCAGCUUAAGCUUAAGGCACACGACUAAUAAGCUGCGUUUGCGCUCGUUCGGGAUCCCUUAAAUUCCGAGAAAAAUGAUAUCACGAGAGGAGAACCAUAAUCCAGAAAGCGGAUCUCGCUAGCUCGGAUGAUGGAUAUCCUCAUAUACGUAAAACGUGCAAAGCCGGUCGGUGUUCGACUUCGAGGAAUCGCGCGGCGCUCGCAGGAGCAGGUAGCUCGAAGAAAAGAUUCAUCGACAGCCCGAAGAGGUCUGAAAAGAACGCGGAAAAAGGAGCGACCUAGAUUCACCUAGAACCCCCGACUCUUCCUCAGUUUCCUUUGUCGAGCCGACAAGCAGGCUCGCGAGUUAAGGACAAAGGCGAACGUUCUCGCAUGAAGAUCUUUCGGUCUCCAGGAUGGUGCUCUCGAUGGCAACGCGCCAUAGUCUUCUUGACGAUCACCUGAAUUUAUUGAUCCUCGUCGCCUCCAUUUUCUUUCCGCAAAGCAUUUUUUUUCGUGGAUCUUGAGGAACUGAAUGGACUCUCGAAGGCGAGCGUUUUGUAUUCAGCUAUAAGUAGCCGCGACCUUUCGAGGCUGCGGAAUAUCGAAAGUUUGCCAAGUUCAUUAUAUCCCGAAGCGCGCGCGAGGCAUAUUGCGGCUCGGCUCGGUAUGUAUACUUUUCAACGCUAAUCGAUAGUUGGAAGUACCGAAGCCGCUUUGCUUCAAUAUGUGCACGCGCACUAUAAUUUGGAUCAUACCGGUAAGUACAUAUUUUAGGCUUCAGUGUAUUUUAGUGCUGCAGAUAAAUUCUUCAUGAAAAUGUUAUUACGAACUGCUGCGUCACGUUAUGUAAAACGGCGCUUCUCUUCGAUUUUCUUGUAUGCACUACGAUACAUGCGUUCCACUUUCUGGAUGUGACACGAUGAAGCGUUGGCUGGAAUACGUGUUAAACGCAACGUGUUUAUGCAAAAUUACAGUUUCGAUAAAGUUGAAAUAACAUUUUUAAUGUCUUCACAUAUCAGUUAAACUUAACUGAUAUUUAAUUCAGAAAGAGAACGCUCGAAUCCUCCUCAAGAUAACUUUAAAUAACAUUCACGCUACUUUGACAGAAACUCGUUCUCCAUAAAGCUGCAGGCAAAAAAGAAAAGCAAACCGCCGUUACAUCAUCGUUUCCAGCCAGCAACUCCCGUAUCUCCCAGCUCGGAAUCAAGGACGAUAAAAAAUUGUGGAGCGUGGGUGCACGGUACAGGAGGCGAAAAGUUUAAUGUCAUCCAUCGGUCGGAGAGAUUUUGAAGCAGGUCAUUCGUGAUAUAAAAGGGGUGACAAAAGGAGAGGGACUCGCAUUAGCCGAUCGCUUUAUAGUUUACAGGCGUGAUGGGAAUAACUUUGACCUGGAUCGCCGGCAUUCGCCGUGCAUAACUAUCGUCCGCUGUCACACGCCCCCGCGUGACCACCCCGUAUCGUAAGUACGUCAGCUCUGCACUGUCUGCGCACCCCCAGUGUCGUGCACCCCACCGACCGGACGCGGGAGCCUCUCUGUAUGUGCAUUAACGUGUCACGUAACCGCGAGCGUGCCGUUCGCGUUAUUCGCAGUCGACGAUUUCCUCCCCUGUCGUCGGCGUCUGGUCGUCGCAAUAAAUCCGCGCGUAGAUCGCACCAGAUUAUAAUCCCCGUGGUCGUCGCGAUGGGAAAAAUAUUGCACCCCGUAUAAAUAAAUCGAUCACGUAAUGGCUCAAGUCGGUCAUGUUUUUAAAGCAGUCAAGGUGAUGUAUAUCGGCGCGUCUGUCUCCUUUCGUCGGACCGAUCGCGCUCGUUCUCCUUCUCCCUUCCCGAGGCUAGCUGAUCUACUAUUCACUUAAUCAUGCAACUGCACCGCAAAUUAUACAGCCGUUGACCUACAUAUCGUCAGACAUAACGUGCCGAUUCCUGUGGUCCGAUGCGUUCGCGUGAAAACGCGGGAGUUUGUCUAGGCGCGAGGCCGUGCGCGUUUUGUUCGUUUUCUUAUUUGCCAUUUGUCAGUAUUAAAAAAACAGCGUGACGAUAUUUUCUGAGAUGAGUAGAUGGAGAAGCCAGGCAAAAUCACCUCACCCGUCCCAUUAUUUCUACAAUCCGGGAAAAUAAAGUGGUUCAUCAAUUUUUUUUGCACCACGUUCACAUCUGAAAUUAUAAUGUGUACGCGCGUUUCGGUGAACGACGCUGAAAUUAUUCGCGGCGGAAGGAAGCCAAGGGUAGCGGAAAUCAUACAACCCCCGCGCGCAUCAUCGGUGUCUCUCUCGGAACUCUUUGUUUGCCUCCCCGAAGUGGUGCUUACGCGAAAUCGACGCGAAGAUUGUCAUUCGUAAACGCGGGGGGUGCCAAAUAUCGAUUUUAGAUUCCGUACUGUCGCGCAGCUCGCGACGUCGUGUGCUCCACUUUUUCAGGAAGGCACCUAGAAGCGACCAAUCGACCGUGCAUGAAUUAUCGAUUUCCGACUGCGAAAAUUGAAAAAAACGCAGCGCGCUUAGAUGCAAAACAGACCUGAAUUUUCAUCGUGCCGUCACCGUUACGUCUUCUUUUAUUUGGUACUUAUUGAAUAACGGAGUAUCAGCUGGUCGUUCGGCAUCGCUUUUGCUACGCAUUAUUAUAGCAAAAGAUAUACCAUACAUAAAUGUGGAGCAAACGCAUAACGCGGAACGUGAGCUAUUUCGCCCGGGCUUUGAAUCGGUGUCUUGUUGACUCAACUAUUGACUGAAGCACGAUAUUGCACGUACAUAAAGCAAAUUUGAUGUUUCACCGUUUCAUUCAGCAGAUCAUGAUCGACGGUUUCCUCGUAUGCACAAGUCUGCCAAUCAAUAUCACUAUGAGAAUUUUGGUUCAUGGAGUCGUGCGAUGCACGUUCUAGAAAUUAUGGACAUUAAUAUCAUACGAAACUGAUAUGCUCGUGAUGAAGCAGUUUAUCAAAUUAACAUUUCUAAUAUAUUUAUAUUAACAUUUAUAAUAUCGCAUAUUCUAAAGUCGUUAAUGCUUCAUAAUAAAAAAAAUACACGUCUAAGGUAUUUGACAUUAUUUACGUUCAGAUAAUUAUUAUAGAAUUUCAGUUGUUACAUGUUACUCCGAAAAAUCGUGCACGGAUAUCGCGAAUCUCUUUUAUGCACGUAUAAUUUUCCGUAUUUUAUCCUAGAGCAAAUUCGGUGUUGGAAAUAUUGGAUGGAAUUCCGUAAUUUAAUAUUCGCCAUGGAUCGAGAACGAUGUCACAAAUUUUUACAAAACGGGGCGGUCGUCCCGCAGACCUUUAACGUUUUAUCUCGGAACUGCCAACCGAUAAUCUCUCUCGGCAAAGUGAUUUUCCGCGUCCCGGAUCCCACCGCUUUUCACUAUUCUUCUUCCUUGUCACGGUGAGUUUUUGAUCCGGUUACAUGACGGCGAUUGUAUCGAGAGCGAUUAUGCAUCGGAAUUUUUUCCCGGUGCGCGCUCGUUCGAGUGCCUUGAUUAAUGCAUGGUAAUGCACUGGGACGCGUUAAUCACAUUUACGGCUAUUAAAUCAGAAUAAUUGUCGCACCAACGUUAUCAUUUCCAUUUUCCAGAGCGACAGAGCUCUUUGCACGCGGUUUUCUUAUUUUCUAUAGAAGAUUGGUGAUUACGCAGCACACACAUUAAUCACAAUUAUACGCGUUACACGCGAGGAGCGUAGAGUCCAUAAAUCAGCGUACGGAUUCCCUAAUUGCCAGUGCUUUAUAUCCAUAUUUAAUCUCGGGCGUUUAGUGAAUCUGUUGCGAUGGACGCAUGCCAAAUGUGUUCGGCCUAAUUAUUUUCCGAGACACCUAGCAAUCGUCCAGGUCGAAAUUCGGGAACACGGAUGGAUCCCUCCCUGGGGAGAGUCGACGUUGGCGACGUCAAAGGCAUCCCAGCGGACGUUGUGCGCGCGAUCGGGCUUGCUGCCAAACCAAUUCAGCUGUAAUAAUAUUUGCAUAAACUGGAUUCAACGUGUCUGCUGCAUAAAUCACGCAGCGACACGCGCGGCCACCCUCUCCUCCGCUACGGGAAUAAUAACGGCUGGAGAAGAAGCGGCUUUUGAAGCACGCUGUGCCACUUCGUUCAGGUAUGCCAGCCGUACGCUUCUAUCCUGAAUACUGUUCAAUCGGGCGUAUUUUACGUGAUCGAUUGUAUAGGAGAAAACGGAAGGGAGUUUUCCAGUGCCUCGAGGAUGCAAGAAAAACGGCGAAACACUCGAGAAACCCAACUUUCAAUUGGAACGAGCAAAGUUACGCUGUCCUCAAUACUGUACUUGCCGGUGAUUGCAAUGUUCCGGACUGCAAAAUUCGAUUACGAUGCACAGCGCAUUUUUCGUAGAUAAUAAAACACAUUUAUAUAGAAUACCUGUGUAAAAGGCGGUAAAUGAGAAAUCGAUACUCGGAGCGAGCUCACGCAGAGGAGCUACGCCGAAUUACACGAUUAAGAUUUUUAUCGAAUACCUCAUAAAGCUCGGAAUUACACGCGAAGAACUCUCUAUACAUCGCUAUGCCACUACGCUGUGAAGUAAAUUGAAAUACGAGAUUUUUCCCCGCUCAGAUAUACCAGACGAUUAUCAUCCGCAUCAAAUAUUAUGAAAAGCUAUCUUGGAGCACAAACGUUCUCGUUGCAUAUUAAUGAGGCGAACACAUCUGAUCUCAGAAAAAGUUAUUUUGGAGUAUAUACGGCGGGCUCUCAACCGAAAACCGAGAACAAAUGGAAAUGCAUAAAGAAAUCCUUUAUGCUACGAAUAUAAGGAUAUAAGGAUAUUUAGACUCAUGGAAGAUUUAACGACGCACACACAGAAGGCAGAAUCCGUUUCAGACAUGCUCGCGACUCGGAAACUGCAGCACGAUGUGCACAUUACCAACGUAACUGGCACGGAAAAGUCCUCGGACGAGAUAAUUUGUCACGAGUGAGGGCGCGGGACAAAGACGCAUAUCGAACAACCCCUCGCCAUCCACUAGUAUAGUCGGAGGACACUCGACCGUUCCUUUAUGCGACGUUGACGGAAUUUGCUGACAAAGCAAACCAGAAGUACCAUUGCUCGGAGAGAGAGAAAGAGAGCGCACAUCCGCUCUCAAUGUCUCUCAAUGUGAUGAUGUAAUUUUAUAUAAUACGGAAUAAUUGUUAAUUGCGUAGAAUAAAUAAAAGUAUAGAGGUGGUUGCCGAGUACCGCUUUUGUAUCUUACUUGAACAGUGUAACAAGAAUUACACUGGGCACAUUUCCAUAGAAAAGUUUUAUUUUCCAAGACAAAGAAAGGGAAAUGAUUUAUAUGGUUGCACAGUAAUUAAUUCCUAGAAUACUUUUCUUUGGGCUUUUAAAGAGAGAGAGAGACACAAAAAGUCCAUUUUCCAUUUAUUCUAUGCAAUUAAGAAUAACCGUGCGUUUGCGAUUCAAAUUUACUUCUCGUUUACGUUUAAAGCUGUUACAAUAGCCUGGAUGGAACAUCGUACAUAACUGAUUUAACAUCAACAGAAUGUUAAAUGCUGUAUUUGGUAAGACAACACCGUGUAACUUUAUACGUGAUUACCUUUCCUUUUUUUCUGUCACUUUGCUGUUUUUCUCGUCCUUUUUCUUUUCUCGCUUUCAUUCAGAAAUUUACCGAAUUUAUUAUUACUAUCAGACUUACCAGAUCCGAAAUAUCCAAAUCUACCGAUCAAUACGAAAUUUGUCGUCGUUCGCGUUAUCCUUCUAUAUAUACGUCAUCUUUUCACUAUCAAUCAUAAAGACCUUUCAAGCAGUUCAUGUAAACUUUGCGAGAGAAGCAAAGUAGGCCAUGCCAGGUGUGCACCAUAGCUUUCGGUUUAACUCGGCAACUCCGUUCUUGAUCCCCCAGUCGGCAGAUAAAAUAAAUCUUUGAAUAUUUAACCAAGUUAAGCCAACGAAUAUAAUUUCAUUUAAGAUCCAUCGGAAGGUUUGCCGUAUCAUAACUCCGGAAAUUCCACUUAAAGCUAGUACAGAGCGCAUUAAGUCAUCGGUUGUCAGAAAAUAUAUUUAUUCCAGAACAAGCGAUGUUGUGGCAAAUUUAGGAAAUGCAAUGUGAUAAGAUUUUAUCAUUGUUGCACCUGAUACACGAAUUGGGCAUGCGAAUUAUGUAUAUAAUAUAAAAUUAUUUGCAUUAAAGCAGAAAGUUUCCAGAUAUACCUGCCGGGAUGAAAUUUUCCUGAGACCGAUCACAUCAAAUAUCAAAUAUCGAUGAGAAGUCAUCAAAUACAAUAACAUAGAUAUAGAAUCAAGUAGAAUCUGGACGACUUGGAAAAUGGGGUCAAGCGUUCCGUGAAAUAUUACGCUAACUCUGCGCUUGCCGCAGCAACGCACUUGCGGUACACAAGUAAUGUUCAAGCUAGUUCUAAUAUUACGAGUUACCCUCUUCUUACAGCAGCAACUCCUGUAAUUACAUCUCGCUGAACGCGAGCUGCGGUCGUAAAAUGCUAAAAUUGGAUCGUAUACACUUUUUCUUAUCCCGCAAAUUGCUAUUGUUACAGGAUGGACCGCUUUAUCGCUUCCUUCCGCCUCAUUAUUUAUGCUAAACGAGUGCGACGUUAUAUCGGCGUAUGCAAUUGUUCGGACGGCCGCGAUGUCAUUUUACGGCAUGCGGGUCAUAUCCACGCGAUUUAAUCGCGCCGUAGGACAUAUGUAAAAUACAGGUCACUGAUUCGACGACUUUAAAUCAUUUAUUCUGUAUAUGUGUUCGCAUCAGUAAAUGCGAACGUCCACGUGGCUCGCGUUAUUGCGUCGCUGAAUGGCACGACGAUAUUUCUAUCCCCUAUUUCUAUCUGCGGCCGCAGGGAGGAUGUCGUCGUCACAUAGAUCGCAGUCGGGAUGACGGAGAACGGAUCCCGUUCCGAGAAAAGAAGCUUCGACGUUUCGUCGUUUCUUACAAGUGACACACGAGACAGCGAGGGAGAGAGAGAGAGACGAGAGAGACGAGAGAGAGAACUGGGACGGGCAGUCGCUACCUAUAUAAACGGAAAAGCAAUCAACGGGAAACGAAGAGAGAAAAAUCGCCAUGCAUUGAGAGUCGGCAACGGACGUGCAUCGCACCCCGGCGCUUCUGAAUCAUUCAUCACGGGGGUGGUCGCUCGCCGAUUUCGCUUCCAUCGAAAUUACAUCUCCGAUUUCACAACGGCACCACAGUUGCAAUGCGCUUUUUAAUUGAUUUAAAAUGAACGCGCCGAUCGUUUCGUGGAUGUAAUUAGUUGUUCGAAUGCAGUGUACUGCAUCAUUCAAUCGUAAGGACAAAUUUAUAGGUCGAAGAGUUCUGCACGCUUCUGCAGUCUCUUUAAAGUAUAUAAUGUAUAUGUAUAAUGUGAUACUGAAAUUGCACUGUUGGAUUUAUAUGUUUGCGUAACUAUAAAACGAUAUAAAUUCUGACGCAUUGUUUCUCAAUUUAUUCGCAAAUUCCAUCAUCUAUUCAAUAAUAUAAUUAAGUUAUUUUUCUGUUUAUGACUGAUCUCGCCAAUUAUAAUAAAAUAAUGAUAAAAUAAUAAUAAAAAAUUUUAAUUUACUUAAGCGUACAUGUAAGAUAUUUAUAGAGAUAAAAUAUACUUAAUCUCUCUAU